UGCCAGCCAAUCAGGAAGUCCCGCUUUCAACGAGAUUUCAUUUGACAACUUCACCUCCCUAUAGAACCUUCCAAACCAGUAAUUCUUGUUUUCCUCGAAUUCUUAGACCAGAUGAUGAUGAUCCACCAUUCUCCCUCUGCAAUGAUAUUCUUGAGGCGGGCCCUCCACCAAAGGUGAGGAACGCGCAGUCGACGCCAUUUUUCCAGACCUGGGUCCUCUCUGAAUUUUCCUCAGCAGCUUCCUUUUACUUUCUUCUUCUUCGUCUUCUUCUUGAGGGUGAAACGCCAUCCAUCCCCUCUCCCUCUUCCCCCUCCGCCGAUAUGAUGCAGCUCGUGAGCCUCUCCCGCGUCGAGAAGCACGCGUCAAGCGCCAUGAACAAGCUCCACGAAGCCGCCAUGAAAGGCGACCUUGCGGCCCUCCAAGACCUGCUGUUGCAAGACCCCCAGAUCCUCCACAUGCCCACUUCUUCGUCCCCCGACGGCACGCCCCUGCACGUCUCCUGCCUCUCGGGCCACGCGUCCUUCACCAAACACCUGCUCACCCACAAGCCGGAGCUCGCCAAGGAGCCCGACUCGCGGGGCUCCCUGCCCCUCCACGUGGCGUGCGCGAAGGGCGACGUGGAGAUCGUCAGGGCCCUCCUGGCCGUCGACCCGGACGGGUGCCUCCGGUAUGAUCGCGAGGGGAGGACGCCUCUCCACUUGGCCGCCAUCAAAGGGAGGGCCGAGGUCAUUGCCGAGUUGAUCCGGGCCAAGCCCGAGUCGGCCCGGUUGGUGACGAGUCAGGGGGAGAGCGCGUUUCACCUCUGCGUGAAGAGCAACAGGGUGGAGGCGUUGAAGGUGGUGGUGGACUGUGGGAGGAACGAUGAGUUCGUGGGUUGUAGGGAUAAGGAUGGGAACACGAUCUUGCAUCUUGCUGUAGCCAGGAAGCAGUUGGAGAUCAUUAAGUAUUUGCUUUCCAGCACCAACAUUGCAGUAGACGUCCAAAAUGUGAAGGGAUUUACAGCACUGGAUGUCUUAUCACAAGGUCCAAGAGACUUGAGAGACAUGGAGAUCAAGCAGCUCCUACAGAGAGCCGGAGCUUCGAUAAUGUAUCAAACAUCUUUGGGUCGCGACACAAUCCAGGCCAUUCCAAUAGCACAGCCUUAUAUCAAACAGAACAGUGAUAUUAAACCACCGGUUAAGGCUCGCAAACAGACAGAUUGGCUGGGCAGAAAAAGAAGUGCCCUGAUCGUGGUGGCUUCACUCAUUGCGACGGUGGCAUUCCAAGCCACGCUAUCCCCACCUGGAGGCUUCUGGCAGGAAGACUUUACAGCAGACCCUGCGAAGAAUGGCACGGAGAAAUCACACCAUGUGGGAAUGGCCGUGAUGGCCACCGCUCUCCCGAAGGCAUAUGGGCAGUUCAUGAUCUUCAACACGCUUGCAUUUCUUUCUUCACUGAGCAUAAUUCUGCUUGUGGUCAGUGGACUCCCUAUUAAAAGAAGGAGGUGGAUGUGGACCCAGAUGGUGACGAUGUGGAUCGCUAUCACUGCACUUACUAUUACCUACUUCAUCGCGUGGAUACAUAUGACACCGGAAGAUAACAGAGGGGUUCUGAACACAGUGACUAGAGUUUCUGUGCUUCUGUGGCUAUGCCUGAUGGGGAUCAUCUUCUUAGGAAACGUCGUUCGAAUGGUUCGUUGGUUUUCAAGGAAGUAUGGGCGCUCGAAAGGAAAGGAGCGAGAAGCUUCACCUGCUGUAGAAGAGAAUGAGCACCACGAACUCUAAUUUCUUGAUGAAGGUGGGCUACUUAGAAUUGAUGUAUAAAAGUCCUGUCUCUGUCAUCAUCACAUACGACCCUCUUGCCAACACUGUAUCAAGUGAGUUUUUGCACGAGUCUAUUCUGAGACUUCGUAGCUCGUCUUCCAUUACUCUUUUUGAAAUUUUGAGUUGUAUGGCUAAACUGAAUCGGUUUGCUAGCCGUGGAAAGUACAGAAGAAACGUCGUGACGUGGAAAAAUUCGAUGUGAGGGACAAAUCCUCAUUCUACAUUGAAAUAACUAUAAGAGAAUGAUUUUUGAGA